CCCACCUCCCAUGCAGUGCGUGCACAUCCGGUCCUCCGCAUUUCUAACCCCGGACGACCCCGGUCAUUGCCAGCUCAAAUCAUACGAUCGUUGGGUGUAAUGCUUCACGAUGAGUCCAGCAGCCCAGAAAGCCCACGCACGGCAGCCUCGAAUAUCCCGCCCUCGAGGCGCAGGGCCAUGCAAAACGUGCACUCCCUGUCGACAGAAAAAGAUCAAGUGUGACGGCGUCCGCCCACAGUGUCAGGAGUGCAGCGUGAAUGGUUUUCAUUGUGUCUAUGCUCAAGAUGCGCGACGAGAACCGCGACCUUCCAAGGCACGGGUUGAGAAUCUCGAGGCGACGGUUGCGGUGUUGCUGGAUCAUCUCAAGGCGUGUGGUGUUGAUCCCGGGAUAAAGGACUGGAUGCCGGCAACCAGUGGAGAUGAGGGUGCCAGUGUGAGGAAUGUGAGCGAGGGAUAUGAGUUUGACCAGACUAUGGGAGAUGGCGUUGGGCAACUCUUGACGCCGUCUACAUCGUUGUAUGGAACGGUGCGCGAUAGAGAAGGCCCCGAUGCGCAGAUGAGCUCGCCACCAGAGACUCAAAGACCUAUCAACAUGGAAAUGAACACCGAUACCUUGUUCCAUCCGGAUACGCCACAAAACAACGAGAUGGUUGCCGGCUUACACGCUCCGAUGCCACACCCCAAUCAAACAGCCAUCACGCCAGCGGCGCCAAAGGAUACAGACCAGAGCGAAUCAGGCAUGUCACCCUGCGAAGCCCGAGUUGCCGGAGCGUUUCACGAGCACGGCUGCGUCUCAUCGGUCCACGGACUCGCGAGUAUCCUCAAUCCCACAUCACGAGCACAGCACAAGAAAAACAUCUCGACCAUGGGCUGGAAAGGAGAAGGCGCAGUGGCCUCGUCCAAAGCACGACUCGUAAGCAACGCUGCACUUCAACGACAGCGCGAGUCUCGUCUCUAUCGCCAGCCAACGAAUCUUGUCGAUUUUGACGGCUGUGAGCCUGAUCUGGCCAGACACCUGCUCGAUCUGCACUUUAACCGUCAGCAUUAUGCGUAUAUGAUCUCGUACCGGCCAGCGAUCAUGGAGAGCCUUGUCAAUGGUGGCGGGCCGUGGGUCAAUAAGCUCCUUCUCAAUGCGAUUUAUUACUCUAGCACGUUAUACAGCGAUAGACAGGGUCUGCGGUCAGAUGUCAACGAUCCCAACAGCAUGAGCGCCCGCUUCUACCAACGCUUCCGCCAACUUCUCCCUGACGAGCUAGACAAGCCGAGCAUUCCGACCGCGGUGGCUCUGCUUCUAACAAGCGCAACGCUCGUGUCGCAAGGCAAAUCAAGUGCCGGCUGGAACCUUUCCGGCACAGCGUACCGGAUGAUCAUCGACAUGGGCUGCCAUCUCAUGCUCGGACCAGACUACGAGAGCCUCUCGAAUCUCGACCACGGUCAGCUCCUGCGCUGGGACCUCGAACAGGAGAUGCGCAAGCGGCUAUACUGGGGAGCAUACGUCACAGACGCCACGCAGGCCUUGUACCUUGGCCGGCCGUGUAUGUUUGCGACCGUGGAAGCCCGAGUGCCGCUACGAUUCCUGGAUACAUUUGAGGAGCUGGAGGAAUGGGAACCCUACCUUGACCGUCAGGCAACUCAGCACCUCCCUCCGUAUGAGCCACGGCCUGCUCACGCGUUAUCGACCUUCAGCUGGCUGGCUCGUCUUUUCCAGAUCUCAACGCGCAUUACGAGUCUGUACGGGAUACAAACAAUCAAAUGCACAUCAGAAUACCUCCGCGAGCAGAAGUUCUCCAUCGAAAAUGAACUCAGAGAGUGGAAAGGGUCGCUACCUGCGCACCUUAACUUCGACCCUGAGACAUGUCAAACGCCCCCGCCUCAUCAGAUAACGCCCCACACCACGUACCACGCCCUUACAAUCCUCCUACAACGCGCCUUUCUCUCCGAAGGUCACCUCCGCCGACACUCCACCGAAGAAAGCAACAGAGAAUCCGAGAAACUCUGCAUCCACAGCGCAAUCUGUAUUCAGAAGCUAGUCCGCGCAUACAGAGAUGCUUUUACCCUCCGCCGAGCCCCCUUUCUACUAUCCUACGCAGUCUACUCAGCCGUCAUCGUGAUACUCCGCGCAGAGCGCCACGAGCGUGGCCAGUUCAUGGCACCUAUUGAAUUCUUCUGGAACUGUCUGAGCGAGUUGCAGCGGGGAUGCAACUUUGGUCUCGAAAAGCCGUUGAUGGUGCUUAGGGAGAUGGUCAAGGAGUUCCGGGCUGGUCCUCGUGCGAGUUGUGAAGGUGCAGGCUUGGGCCUUGAUUUCGAGAGCGCAUUUGCUCUGCCCAUUGAUCCGUCUUUUGAUUCGAGUGGGGUGGGCGGUCACAAUACUAUGCAACUUCACGCUCCCCAGCCUGCGUCCCCGGAUUAUUUGCUCGGACUGGAUACGAACAUGGCGCUUGGGACGGGGUCGCCGGGGUUUUGCAUUUCUUUGAGCCAACUGGAGAGUGAUAUCUCGCAUGACGCUUUGUAUGGCCUUUUUGCGCCGCCGCAGUUGUACCCCUGAGGUUUGAUAAUUGGAUAAUUGAGACGGCACGCUUUGCCCUAAUAACCUUUGGCCGCUCCCUUUCUCCACCCCUUUAUAUGGCGUAAUCGUAGCUAAGCCACCCUCCUCAAGCGACACUGACCUCUCUGUCGCUGGUCACACACACUCUCCGAGUUCUCUCAACUUUGUCCCAGGCGCAGCAGAGAAUCACUUCUUCGCUGUCGAGAUUUCCUUGUUCAUUUUGCGGGCGAGUUUGCUUACGAAGAGAGAUAUCGAAACGACACAUCACUAUAUGAACUGUUCGACAGAAAUAUAAGCACUGGAGGUACAAGACAUUUAGUGACAUACAACAUACGAGCUCGAUUCUUGCAGUUCUCAUCCUAGUACAAUGAAUCUAUAUUACUACUCG